AUGGCCGGCCGCGUCGUUCCAGCUAUUUCUCUCAAAGACUACGAGAGUCGUCGGGAGGAGAUCACUAAGCAGCUCGUGGAAGCAGCCGAGACCGCUGGAUUUUUGACGUUGAUUGACCACGGGAUCACCAUCGAAGAGAUUGAGGCACAGUUCGCUCUCUCUAAAGCCUAUUUUGACCUGCCUAAGGAGAUCAAGGACAAGGUCCCCCAUAACCUCACUACUAACAACGGAUAUGAAUAUUACGUUAGAAAGCACUUUCCUUUCCUUGCUGUUCUGCUUUGUCCUAUCAAGGGGCCAAGCACCGGAAGUAUUGACCAAAAGGAGUCUUUCUGGCUUCAGCGCAACUCCGAAUGGCCCAGUGACGAAGAUGUUCCAACGUUCCGGGCAAAGACGCUAAAUUUCAUUGGGAAAUGCGAAGAUAUCUCGAACAAAGUUUUAACCUGUCUUUCCAUUGCUCUUGGAUUUGAAGAAGAUUACUUCUGCAAGGCCAUGGACACCCACCAACCUGACAACCUCUCCCAAAUGCGUCUUCUCCAUUACCCAGCCUCUGAGGGUGCACAGGGAACAUGGAGGGCCGGAGUCCACACUGAUAUUGGCUGUCUUACUCUUUUGUUUCAGCGUGAUGGUGAAGAUGGCUUGGAGAUCUGUCCUGGUAGAGAGUCUCACUCUAGCUUUGCUGUGGGCGAUACUUUCUUCCCUCUGCCGGCUGAAACUGGUCCAAUUGUGGUUAAUAUCGGAGAUAUGCUGAUGGCCUGGUCCGAUGAUCGUCUCAAAGCCAACUUCCACCGCGUGCGAGCCAAAGAGUCCGGUCAUUCGCCUGAUCGUUAUUCUAUCGCCUACUUCAACACUGGACGCAAGGAUGUCAUUAUGCAAGGACCGUUGAAGAAAUACCCUGCCAUCACUUGUAAUGAGUAUUUCCUUCAUCACACCAAGAUCCAAUUCGGACACAACGCAAAGAAAAAACAGGAGGCCGCGGCAGCUGAAAAGCCUAGCGUUGUCGCUGCGACGGCGUAA